UAUGAGUGAGUGAACCGAUUGAGAGGUCUAUAGGUUUUUGAGGUUUUGAGACGACAUUAAAGUAUUGAUUCAUUAUUUGAUUGAAUUGAAUGACAAUUGAAAUAACAAUUGAAUUGAUUUAACAAUUAAUAUAAUCAUUGAAAUGAUUGACCGCAAGAAUCGGGUAUUUAUUGGUGGUAUCAGUGAAUCGGUGCGAAAGGACGACAUCGAGAAAGAGUUUGAGAAGUUCGGUAAACUGACGAGUGUUUGGGUCGCACAAAAUCCGCCCGGUUUUGCAUUUGUUGAAUAUGAAAGAGAGACCGACGCUGACGAUGCAGUCAGACAAAUGAACGGAUCAUCUAUUGGCGGUUCUUCGGCCAAACUCAGAGUCGAACACUCAAGAGGUCGUUCUUCCCGAGGCGGAGGUCGUGGCGGUGGUGGACGCGGCGGCAGUUUUGGUCGCGAUCGUGGUUUUGGAAGCAGUCGUGGAGGAGGUCGUGACUUUGGGGGCUCACGGGGUGGGUAUAGUGGUGGUCGUGGGGGCGGAAGUUUUGGUGGUAGAGGUGGACCUUAUGGAAGGGGUGGUGAUCGACGUGGAGGUGGAAGUGGCGGUCGUUUUGAUAGAGGAGGCGACCGAUUUGGUGGUGGCGGCGGUGGAUCGCGAGGUAGGGAUAGUUACGGAUCAAGUGGUGGUCACGACUAUAAGUCAGGAAGUGGAGGCUCGUAUCAAAACUAUAGGAGCCGUUCGCCAAUAGGUCAGAGUAGGAGUGGCCAGAGUAGUUUCCGCAGUCGUGAUUACUCGCCUGCCGGCGGCAACUCGUACUCUUCAGGCGGCGGCGGUUCAGGCGGUUAUAUGUCUGGAGGCAACAGCGGCUACUAAAUAGACUGUAAGAACAACUCGUCAACAAUCAGACACAAAGAGCCUCAGUUGUAAAACCACUUCAUUAUUCACGAAAUCUUCAUAUUAUUAUCAAAUAACUACUACUUUCGGACACCGAAUUGAUGAUGACUUUAUAGACCACUAAAACUACUUCUUCACCCAAUUUGGAUCUAUUAAGUCAUAUUGAAGUUUAUCAACAAAUCGGGUCCGCAAUUCAUCUAAUCGUCAAAUAAUAAUAAUUUAAUAGUUUUUAUUAUUCAUCAUUUGAUUGUUAACCAAACAAA